AUGGAUUCUGCCGACAGCUCGCCCGUCGAUCGGAAAAAGCAGCUGUCGAAGCGUUCGUCGAAUUCGUAUACUUCGGAGGAGUGGCGGAGGCACCGACCACUGAUCACCCAGUUAUACUUCGAAGAGGGCCGGACGCUCAAAGACGUGGCGGAGUACCUGAAACGCGAAUAUGACUUUGGCCCAACAGAACGGAUGUAUAAAAGCAGACUUCACACAUGGGGCCUGGACAAGAAAAAGAAAGAGCAUGAAAUGCUUGAUCUGGUUCGUCAAGGUCUGCAGCAGAAGGGGGAUGACAAGGACAAGGUGUUCUUGGUCAGAGGAAGGCAGGUAACUCUCGCCGACGCUUUACAUUACUUCAACCGCAAAGGAAUCAAAGAUCCCUCAAGUCUACUGGAGUCCCAACGGGCACUCUCGGGUGAAUUAUCGUCACCCGAUGAUGCCGACGUGAAGACACCUCUAUCAUCCAACGACGACACGCUCCACGCUACCCACGACGCCGACGAUUUUGAGAUGACCAGGAGUCCAAUGGAGAUGGACGACCGAGAUAAGCCGGCUAUAUCGUUGAGACUGAGGGCCUCCGACUUCGCCGCCGAACGUCUAGCUAUUCUGCAACAGGUGCUAAAUAUACCCGAUCUUCCGCCAAUGCCUCCAUUCCGAACACUUUCUGUCGAGUCGACCGUAGUUCAGGCUCAAGUGUCGGCCGAGGAUCAACGAUGUCUAGAUGUCAUCUUCCAGAAUAUGCAGAACCACUUUAUGAAUUUAUUCACAGCACGGAAUCUCUCGAUCCGGAACACCACGGGCACGUGGACCGCCACGUCAGAUGAUGCGCUCGCCGACCGAUUCUACUAUUCCAUGUACCAUGGCUUCUCCUUUCUGUGGAAUGGUCAGCGGGAUCGAGCUUUCGACAAUUUCUACAAAGCGUUCGCGCUAAUCGAGGGUCUACUCAAAGAUGAUCACGUCGGCUUCAUGAUCUACGUUUUCGACCUCAUCAUUCGCCACGACGGGACGGGAUAUGAAGAACCAUUACUGAUGCUUCUGCAACAUCUGGCCGAUAUGGCCAAAGCCGUCUUCGAGUCCGAAGAGCACCCUAUAUACCUGGUUGCUACAACCAUGCACAGUGCAACUGCUUCCCGAGCCUGGCUCGCCGAAUCCACGUUACGCAGGCUGCUUGACUUCUUCCAAGACAGCAUCGGAUACUUUCAUCCAGAAACGAUCGCUCUUUUGCAGACAUUUGCGAGCGGUCUGCUGAACCGGGAACGAUUUGCGGAGGCCGCGGUGCGAUUUCAACAACUUGUCGACGCUUUUGAGACGACGGUCAACAAACAAUGCUACGACGUUUGCUACGCAUUGCGAUCCACUUCCGAGGCAUAUUUUUACAUGGGCCAAUAUACUCAGGCACUCCAGGCUAUCAAAGCGUCAUUAGAACGUUCGCAGACCUUACCUCGCCCAGAAGAGCGUGAGAUCUACGUGCGGUGUCUGAGAGGGAUGGCGGAGAUAUCGCACAAACUGGGCCGGAAGGACGAGGCCGUCGAGACAAUGCAACAUGUGGUGGAUGUUUGUCGAGACGCGUUCGGACCCGAACACGCAUUCACCAAUCGAGCCAAGAUGCAUCUCAAGUCGAUCUUGAAGGGCGACGCCGCAAGCGCAUCUGCCAUUCCGCCGAUGGUGUACAGGCUUGGCCGUGGUGGCAAUGCAGCCAAAUAUAUUUGGAUUUCUCGAUCCAGUCCUACUCGACUCCAGGCUUGA